AUGUCGUAUUCACCAGAAAGAAGAUCAGAAGAUUGGCCGGAGGAUUCCAAAAACGGGCCGUCUAAGGAUCAAGGCAAUUAUGAUGGGCCUCCAGGAAUGGAACCCCAAGGGGCACUUGAUACAAAUUGGCACCAGGUCGUGGAAAGCUUUGACGACAUGAAUCUGAAGGAAGAACUGUUGAGAGGAAUUUAUGCUUACGGUUUCGAAAAGCCGUCCGCUAUCCAGCAACGCGCUAUUAUGCCUUGCAUUCAGGGCCGUGAUGUCAUAGCUCAAGCCCAGUCUGGUACUGGGAAAACUGCAACAUUCUCUAUUUCUAUUCUACAGCAAAUCGAUACUAGUAUUCGUGAAUGCCAAGCACUAAUUUUGGCCCCUACUAGAGAGCUGGCUCAGCAGAUCCAAAAGGUGGUGAUUGCUCUAGGGGAUCACUUGAAUGCUAAAUGCCAUGCUUGCAUUGGAGGCACCAAUGUUCGCGAAGACGUUCGUCAGCUGGAGAGUGGUGUACAUGUGGUGGUGGGUACACCUGGUCGCGUGUACGACAUGAUAACUCGUCGUGCUCUACGUGCUAACACUAUCAAGCUGUUUGUACUUGAUGAAGCUGAUGAAAUGUUGUCAAGAGGAUUUAAAGAUCAAAUUCACGAUGUCUUCAAGAUGUUGUCAGCUGAUGUGCAAGUCAUCUUGCUGUCUGCCACAAUGCCAGAUGAUGUGCUUGAAGUAUCCCGUUGCUUUAUGAGAGAUCCAGUGCGCAUUCUUGUGCAAAAGGAGGAGCUUACCCUGGAGGGUAUUAAACAAUUCUAUAUUUCCAUUGAACUGGAAGAGUGGAAAUUGGAAACACUUUGCGAUUUGUAUGAUACACUUUCGAUCGCUCAAGCUGUAAUUUUCUGCAACACCCGUCGCAAGGUGGAUUGGUUAACUGAAUCCAUGCAUGAGCGCGAUUUCACCGUGUCUGCUAUGCACGGUGAUAUGGACCAACGCGAGCGCGAAGUCAUUAUGCGUCAGUUCCGUACAGGAUCUUCUCGUGUCUUGAUCACAACUGAUUUACUUGCCCGUGGUAUUGAUGUUCAGCAAGUCUCUUGCGUAAUUAAUUAUGAUCUGCCUACCAACCGCGAAAAUUACAUUCAUCGAAUUGGAAGAGGCGGGCGUUUCGGUCGUAAAGGAAUCGCCAUAAACUUUGUUACUGAAGCGGACAGGAGAGCACUCAAGGAUAUUGAGGAGUUCUACCACACAAGCAUCUCAGAAAUGCCCAGCGAUGUGGCUAACCUCAUCUAA